AAUAAAACAGAGUAAUAGUACGUGGUAGCGUUCUAUUUUAGAUGGACAGAGUGACUAACCCUAAGAUUAAUUCCACACUAAAUAAGCUUAAAUCUUAGUCCUCCAAUUUUCUACUACCACUUUCAGUUUUUAUAAAGCCAAGCUCUUGUUUCUUUCUCCUCUCCGGCGAAUCAAAAUACACUACAGAGCCGCUGUGUAGCAUUGAAAAGAGCAGAUCCUACUUUGAAAUUGUAGGUUAACUGGUUCUCAGUUUCUUCUUCCACUCAACCGCCGGCUCCGUGUCGGCCAAAUUCACCGGCGAGGGUAGCUGGUCGGCGCACUACGAGUAAAUUAAUUUCUCAAGUAUUUGGUCAUCAUAUUGAGAGUCGGCAUUAUAUCAGACAGGAAAAUGAACAAUGAAGAAAAACGAUUUAACCGAGAAGAAGAGGAUGAGGAUGACGAAAGUGGGAGAGGUCGAGAAGCGUGGGAAAGAACUUAUGCAGAUGAACGAUCAUGGGAGUCUUUGCAAGAGGAUGAAUCUGGACUCCUUCGUCCAAUUGACAACAAAACUCUAUCCCAUGCUCAGUAUCGACGACGUCUCCGCACUGCAACAGCUGCCCGAGUUCAGAAGGGCCUGAUUCGCUACCUUUACGUUAUCAUUGAUUUCUCCAGGGCAGCUGCAGAAAUGGAUUAUAAACCAAGCCGAAUGGUUGUAGUUGCUAAGCAAGUGGAGGCGUUUGUAAGAGAAUUUUUUGAUCAGAAUCCCCUCAGUCAGAUUGGCUUAGUGAUCUUGAAAGAUGGAGUAGCUCAGUGUUUAACAGAUCUUGGUGGCAGUCCGGAGGCUCAUAUCAAAGCAUUGAUGGGUAAAUUGGGGACGUCAGGUGAUGCAUCCCUUCAGAAUGGCCUAGAUCUUGCGUGUGACCUCCUAAAUCAGAUCCCAUCAUAUGGUCAUCGUGAAGUCCUUAUCUUGUAUUCUGCUCUUAGCACAUGUGAUCCGGGGGAUAUACUCGAAACCAUCCAAAACUGUAAAGCGUCUAAGAUAAGGUGCUCAGUAAUUGGUCUCUCUGCCGAACUCUAUAUAUGCAAGCAUCUCUGCCAAGAGACUGGUGGAAUGUAUUUUGUUGCGUUGGAUGAGCCUCAUUUAAAAGAGUUGGUAUUAGAGCAUGCCCCACCUCCUCCAGCAAUUGCAGAGUUUGCUGUUGCAAAUUUGAUCAAGAUGGGAUUCCCCCAAAGAGCAGCAGAGGGUGUCAUUUCAAUUUGUUCAUGUCAUAAAGAGGCUAAGGUUGGUGGUGGAUACACUUGUCCGAGAUGCAAAGCACGUGUAUGUGAGCUGCCUACUGAAUGUUGUAUCUGUGGACUGACCCUUGUGUCUUCUCCACAUUUGGCAAGGUCAUAUCACCACCUGUUCCCAAUAAGGCCAUUUGAUGAUGUUUCACCCUCACUUCUGAAAGAUAUUCACAAGUUACCAAAGAAUUGCUUUGGUUGCCAGCAAAGUCUCCUAAAUCCUGGAAAUUUGCCAGGUCUACAGGUUGCUUGUCCAAAUUGCAAACAACACUUCUGCCUUGAUUGUGAUAUUUAUAUACAUGAGAGCUUGCACAAUUGUCCAGGUUGUGAGAGCUUAAGGAAUUCCAAGACCAUUAGUGAUAUGGAAUGAAUGACAAAUGUGUUUCUUACAUGAGAGCUUGCACAAUUGACCAUUACUCCUAAACAGAACGGCUGAACGGCAGAAUGAAAUGUCUCUGUUGGAUGUUCUUGUCAAGUUUCAGAAAUCCUGUUUCACACCAUGUUAUGAGGAAGAGUCAAACUGGCUGCUUCUGAUCUCUAAAUACCUUGAACCGUUGGCUUCUAUAGGAACCUUUAUUGUUAUAUGCUGACCAAAUUCUUUGGAACAACUACAGGAAACACAAUUACAGAUCUGAAAAGAUGAAACUUCUGUCCUCUAAUUCGAACCUUUGGAGCAGUGCAGGUUUAUGGCAUGCUGUAUCAUAUAGUGACUAUCAGACUGUUGCCUUCUUGUACCCUCAAAUUUCGACUUUAAAGAAAAAGAAAAAUGUGGUGCUGAGACCUCUGUUUUACCUUUGAGCUUCAGGAAUUUUGCAUUUACAUACUGAAUUGGUGAAAUCACCUCGAGUGUUUCAUUGUGCAUUUCCGAUGGCAGAGACCUUUUUCGCCAUCAGUAGAUGAGGAUAAUUUAUCAGCAAUUGUUUAGCCAAGAGAUUGUGUAGGAGUACAAUUAACAUAAUUUCUUAUGAAUAUGUUAUAACCAUAUUCAGCUUUUGUUACCCUUGUACCAUAAAGCAGGUUGUUUCAUGUGUACCAGGCCAUUGUUCCUUGAAUCUGUUAGUCUUCCUAGUUGUUGUCUAAAGACAAUGACACAUUAAUAUCUGUUCCUGUUUGUGCGAGCAAA